AACAAAAAACCUCUACCAGUGUCAGGUAAACCAAAGCCUUGACCGGUUAUCCACCUUUCUUUGUUUGAGAACUGGUUUCAGAACUGGUAUUGCGUCGGGUCGAUUUAGAACUGGAUCUACCCUACCACUUUGUUUGGUUGAGUUCACUUAUAAAUUGCAGUUUGAGAUGUUCGCUCGAUUAUUCCAGUCUUGUUUUCCAUCCGCCGGUGAAAUGGAUUUAGAUAAUAUUUUAAAUUUCGAAACUCUUAAAUGUCACACGCAAUGUGUAAGUGUCGGAAAGCGUGUUCUGUGUGAAGAGUCGGAGGUGCCGCCGUCGAAAAAAAGACGGGAUGUAUUUAGUGUUGAUUCGUCGUUCGUCCCUCCAUCGGUAUCGGGAGUGAGGGAUAGCAGAAAGAGAGCGCCGUCAGAGGAAAGCGUCAUUUAUGUGGGGAGCGAAACACUCCCCCUAAAUCAGCCACGCAGCGAGAUGGGACGCUUAAUUCUAAAAAUUAAAAAAAAUACAGCGGUGGCGGCGCAAACUUUCAAAGUAGCGGCGGAGGUGCACGCUUCUCCAAGCGUGCAAACAUCAAAACACCACUCUACAUCUUUUGAAGAUAUUUCCGACUCUGAAGACGGGACAUCUGAUCACCCUUCACUUCAAACCUGCAACAAACCCUCUAUCGAGGGUUACGCCUCUAUCGGAGAUAUAUUAAAUAUCUCCGAAUUGGGAUCAUCACCUGAAGAGGGGUUAACACAGACACAUAUAACUCAACCCCAAGCUGAAGAGGAAAUACCCAUGAAACCUAUGACUGAGACCCAAGUCUGGGAAAAAGAGCUUAUAUCGAGAACAGAGCCGUCACUCACUAAUGUAGUGACGAGAGUUCUCCAAAUCCCCAACCGCGCAGAAGCUUACCACCAAGCAUUAUGUGAGGAUUUUAAGGGAGGACUUGUGUCGGCUCUUGAACGUCAUCAAGACCGCAUUCAGGAAAGGUUAAAUGAGAAUUUAAAGGAAAGUGAACUCCUUAAAAAAGCCAUCCAAAACAUUUUUUCAUAUGGUGAAAAAAUUUCCGAGGCUUUUCACGAGGAGAAUAUCCGGCUUUCACAGGAUCUCAUUAAUAUAAAAGCUUCCCUGGCCAAUGCUGUGAGGUCAGAUUCUCGAGACUUAUUCAACAAAAAUGUCGCUGGUGAUGUCCUGAGAUGCGGGAUGCGGGAUGAAGGUGCAUAAAGCGGUAUAUGUUGUAUUCUACCCCGUAGGUGGUCCCUGCAACCCUGUAUAGUUAGUAUUAAUGAUUUUAAAAGUGUAUAUAUUGGAUCAAUAUUUGUAUUUAUGUUUAUUUUUAGUUAGUAUUAAUUAUUUUUUAAGUGUAUAUAUAUUAAAUUUUAUAUUUAUGUUUAUUUGUUUAUUUUU